AUGACACAGAUCAUUGAGGUCGACGCCCUUGUUGUAGGCGCCGGCGUUGGCGGGAUCUAUGCCACAUACCGUCUUGCCGAUAUGCACAUGAACGUUCAAACCAUUGACAUGGCAUCUGACGUUGGCGGAACUUGGUACUGGAACCGUUAUCCAGGUGCAAUGAGCGACACAGAAACUUACCUGUACCGAUACUCUUGGGACAAGGACGACCUUCGAACGUAUCCAUGGACGCACCAUUAUGUUUACCAGCCCGAGAUUCUUGAGUAUCUGCAACACAUCGUCAAAAAGCACGACUUGCGGAAGUACAUGAAGUUCAACUGUGAGAUGAAUUCGGCGACUUGGGACGACCCCGACAUUCCGGGCCUUCCCAAUUUUCAGGGAUCGCUGUUGCAUACCGCGAAGUGGGAUGAUGCCGUUCAACUGGAUGGCAAGCGUGUCGGUAUCAUCGGCAACGGUUCGACCGGUGUUCAAGUAAUGACAGCCAUCGCGCCGAAGGUUGGCCAUCUCGCUUCUUUUCAACGUCAUCCGCAAUACUCCGUACCGAGCGGCCAAGGCCCUAUCGCAGCCGACUACCGCAAGAAGGUCAACGAAGACUACGAUAAGAUUUGGGACAACGUCUGGUCAUCAACAGUCGGCUUUGGCGUCCCGGAGUCGACCCGCAGGACCAUGGAAGCUUCCCCUGAGGAGAGAAAGGAGGCAUUCGACGAGGUCUGGUCAAAGGGUAACGGGUUUCGCUUCAUGUUCAGCGCCUUCGGCGACCUUACUACCGACGAAGCAGCCAACGAGGAGGCGUGCAACUUCAUUCGCGGGAAGAUUGACCAGAUCGUGAAGGAUCCAGCCAAGGCCAGCAUUCUUAAGCCCAAGGAGCUAUAUGCCCGCCGCCCGCUGUGCGACUCUGGGUACUACGAGGUCUUUAAUCGAGACAACGUCGACGUCAUUGACAUCCAAGCCAAUCCGAUCAAGCAAAUUACCAAGAUUGGCAUUGAGCUCGCCGGCGGCGAGCUUCAUGAUAUGGACGUCCUGAUCUUCGCUACAGGCUUUGACGCCAUUGAGGGAAGUUACUCAAGGGUGUGCAUUACCGGCCGGGAUGGAAAGACGUUGAAGGACCAUUGGAGAGACGGCCUCAAGGCCUAUGGAUCAAUCGCCUGCUCAGGCUUUCCCAACAUGUUCCUGAUCGCAGGCCCCCAAGGCCCAUUCGCCAACUUUCCACCGGUCAUCGAGAGUGAGACAAAUUUCAUCACGUCUCUCAUUGAACAUGCGGAAGCUCUGGACUCUGGUCGCAAGGCCACUCCCAAUGGCACUACCAACGGCGAGGCCAAUGGUACCAAUGGUACAUCCAGAACCAGGCCUGCAACUAUAGAGGUAUCCGAAGAGGCUGAACAGGAUUGGGCAGAUUUGUGCGACAGUCUUGUGCAGGGAUCAGUUUUUCUCAAAAGCCCGUCUUGGAUUUUCAGUCGAAAUAUUCCAGGUCGCAAGCCGAACACGAACUUCUACUUCGCUGGUCUUAGAUCGUACUUGGAAUGGGUCAGCAAACAGACGUCGGCCGGAUUUCCGGCAUUCGCCAAGGGUUGGGAUGCGUAG